UGUCAAACUAUCUAAUUAGUACACAGGGCAAUGUGAGGCCGGAAAGGCACUUUUCUAAAGGGCAACUGAUCGUAAAUCAGUGAAUAAUGCCAAGGCACUCAAAAUUAGAAGACACAGCCUCCAGUGCUCGAAUCUGUUUGCGGUAACGUUGAAAGCACCGGGAAAAACGAGAAAUCGCAAAUAUAGUGCAAUAAUGGCCACGACUGAAGGGGCCAUGGUAGCCGAUCUUCGAGCGGAGAUUGAAAGGCUUUCCAGAGAGCUUGAUUUGGCCUCGACAGAAAAAAUCCAAUCUGCCCAGUAUGGUCUUGCUCUGCUCGAGGAAAAAUCUGCUCUUCAACAAAGGUGCAAUGACCUCGAGGGACUUUACGAAAAUACCAGACACGAACUCGACAUCACACAAGAGGCUUUAAAUAAAUUCCAGACUACCACAAAACUAACGACCAUAAGUGGGAUAGAACAAGAAGAAAGUCUUCUCAACGAAAGUGCUGCAAGGGAAACAUCACUUCAAACACAAAUUAUCGAUUUAGAAAAUGAAACAAAGCAGCUACGACACGAGUUGGAGCGCGUCCAGGCCGAGCGCGAUCAUGCCUUACAGGAGCGAGAAGAGGUUGGUAAGGACCAUCAUCAAGCCGAGACGGAACGAAAAACUCUGCGGACCGAGCUGCGAGAAUGUCGAUUCCGUGAAACUCGACUUCUCCAAGAUUACAGUGAACUCGAGGACGAGAAUAUAUCUCUGCAAAAGCAAGUUUCCGGCCUGCGCUCGAGUCAGGUCGAAUUUGAGGGAGCCAAACACGAGAUUCGCCGGCUCACGGAAGAGGUCGAGCUGCUCAAUAGUCAAGUUGAGGAGCUGACCAAUUUGAAGAAAAUUGCCGAGAAGCAGAUGGAGGAGGCGCUCGAGUCGCUGCAGGCCGAGCGAGAGGCAAAGUACGCGUUGAAGAAGGAACUGGAUCAGCGGAUCAAUAGCGAGUCGAUCUACAAUCUGAGCAAUCUUGCUCUCUCCAUUCGGGGAAUUGCCGCCGAUGAUCAGACAAUUUGCAGCGAUGGUGAGGACGAUUCGCCGGCCUUGAGGAGAAUUGAGGCGGAUCUGAAGACUCAAGAACCGGGUACUUCGGCCGCGAGCAAACAGGUGGAUCUUUUCUCGGAGAUUCAUUUGAAUGAGCUGAAGAAGCUGGAGAAACAGCUGGAGUUGGCGGAGACGGAGAAGGCGCUGCUCUCGCAGAAUUUGCGCGAAUCGCAGUAUGCGGUGGAGAAGAGCCAAGGUGAAUUGCAGUCAUUUGUCGCGAGAAUAAUUCAAUUGGCGGCUCAUGUUCAGUCGUUGCAUCAUCUGCACUCGAAGCUGCCGGAGAAGCAGAGCGAUGAGACGGCCCUGGACAAACUCAAUCAGGCCAUUGUACAGUACCAUCAAUGGAGUACAAUGUCGGCUCGCGAAGUCGAGCAACUUCAAAAAGACUUGGCGGAUUUGGAAAAGGGACUGACGAUUUCGGAUUCGACUCAACAAUUGAGAACGGAGUUGACGAAUUUAAGAAACAAGCUUUUGGACACGGAGCAGAGAAGCAUGCUCUUAGAAUCUGACGUGAGUAUCCUCUCAAAACUUGCCGCGGAAGCUGGUGGUUCUCUCGACUCGGCGCAAAAUGACUUGCAAAAUAUGUCCGAGGAAUUGGCUCAACUUUAUCAUCAUGUAUGCACCGUCAAUGGUGAAACGCCCUCAAGAGUUGUGCUUGAUCAUGAGAAAAUUGUUCCUGAAAAGGAGGAGGACAAUGAAAAGAUUGAGUGGUGUCGGACACUUUUUAAGACCGACAUUAAAAUCAGAGAUCUGGAAAGUCUGAGUAAAGCUAAAGAAAUUGCAAAGUAUAUUGAAACGGCAAUGGAUCAAAUCAAACAUCUCAGAAGUGCUGUUGAACAUACGAUAGAACUUUCAAAAGUCAAGGGAAUGCAGUCGGGCAUGUGCAGCGUUUGCGAGGCCUCUGUCAAUGAGAACAAAGUGGAGGUUUCAGAUUUGCAGGAGCAAGUUCUGAAACUGAAAGCUUUGCUUUCAGCGAAGCGAGAACAAAUCGCAACGCUCCGAACAGUUCUUAAAUCGAACAAAAAUACGGCCGAGGUAGCGCUGACCAAUUUGAAGAGCAAAUACGAAAACGAGAAGAGUAUCGUCAACGAGACAAUGCUGAAACUGCGAAAUGAGCUCAGAGUAUUGAAGGAAAGUGCCGCUACUUUCUCAAGUCUACGUGCAAUGUUUGCCGCACGCUGUGAGGAGUACGUGACCCAGGUUGACGAGCUUCAGCGUCAACUCGCUCUGGCUGAGGACGACCGUAAGACCCUCAAUCAGCUGUUGCGGCUCGCCGUGCAGCAAAAGCUCGGCCUCACCAUGAAAUUGGAGGAGUACGAGGUCGACCGGGAGCUGAGGAAUACCCGGAGACACGCGACUGGUGGCAAUGGACGUGGUAAGGCAUCCAGGUUACCGCAACAGACGAACCGUCCACACAUGGGCAGAGAAUUCUUCUAGAAGAUGGUUAAGAUGUGGAGCAAAAUAUUUUGAGAUAAAGAGAGAACCUAAUUUUUCCUUUUUUUUGUCGACUAUCUAUUAUCCGUAUUAUCUCUCGCUGUUGGUUGAAAAAAACCCUUUUCAUCGAUUUGCUUUAUUAAAUCGAGCCAUCUCUCUUUUGUGAUAGCCAAUCUUGCAUUUCUGCUCCACGCUGCGAAAAUAUUUUUACAAAAGUUCACGCGACGAAUGAAGAUGAUGACGCCGUCCUUGCUUGGUUAGAGAUUUUUUUUAGAUUGGGAGAGUGUGGAGCGAGAAAUGUGUGUUUUUUAAAAAUUUAAUUCGAUUUUAUUUUUUUUUUUAUAGCAUUUAAAUCUCUGAGCGUUUGAAAUGUGACGCUUCUCUAAAGUGAAUUUUGCUCCAUAUCGUAGCAAUUGGGUGAAGCUCUGCCCCCUGUUGCACAGUAUCGUUAAUUAAAAAAAAAAAAGGCCAAGAGUCAGAUUACGGAGACUCGAAUGGCUUUUUGUUGAAAGAAAUUGUUUUUAUAAAUCAGCAACGCAUUUUACAGGAUAUUUCUUUCGAUAUACUUUCGGGAUUUUUUAUUUAUUUAUAAUUAUGUCAGUAGUAGGUCCUUACCAAACUUGUAAUAUGAUUUAAAAAAACAAACUAUUUUCAACCUUUCUAGA